GAUGCUACACUGCAAACAACAGCUACAAUCAUAUCAAAAUUCUACAAUAUCUGUUUCCCUUCCCUUCCAGUGCCAAAGAACGCGCGGUACGACUGCCAAUGUGGCAUCGAGUACCCCGCCCGCAUCAUCGGAGGCGCCACAUCGGCCGUGAACCAGUACCCUUGGAUGGCCAAUCUCCGGUACAGCAACAUGAAGAAAGUAAUAUGCGGAGCGGUCGUUGUAUCCGAUACACACGUCCUUACAGCGGCACACUGUAUGAGUGGCCUUAUCAUGAAGCGAGUGAGAGUGACCGUCGCCGAGCACAACCUCCAAACCAGCUGGGAAACGGCAGAGACCUCAAGGAGAAUCGCAAAAGUUACGACACAUCCACGAUACAAUCCAUCUCGGGUCAACGUUGCAGACCUUGUGGUGAUCACGCUUGACCACCCGCUGCCUCUCAAUCACUUCCCGGUUCAGCCCGUGUGCAUCCCGAGUAGCAACGCCCCAAGUUUCGAGGGCGAGGUUGGCACCGUGGUCGGCUGGGGCACCACCAACGCCGACAGAAACAAUUAUGAAUUCCCCGAUGCCCUGCAGGCGGCGAAGGUCCCCAUCCUGAGCAACGCCGAGUGCCAAGAGACAGGUUACGGAACAUCAUCAGGAACAACCUUCUGUGCGCCGGCAACCUCACCCACGCGGCCGGGACGCCUGUGUUGGUGACAGCGGAGGCCCCCUGACAGUGGUCCAAAACGGCCGGCAUGUCUUGGCAGGUCUCGUCUCCUUCGGCCACUCCUGCGCCCUUCCCGAGUGGCCGGGUAUUUACACUCGUAUUUCAGAAUACAGUGACUGGAUAGGUCGACCAGAUUGUAACAGGGAUCCAGUGCGAACAAUAGGAGAACACGGCCCACA